AUGAAGAACUAUUCAAUGCACACAGACUUCAUUCUCUUAGGUUUGACAGAUGACCCUAGAUUACAGAUUGUAAUUUUCCUCUUUCUAUUCUUUACCUACAUAUUGAGUGUGACUGGAAACUUAACCAUCAUCAUUCUCACUCUGCUGGAUUCCCACCUUAAGACACCAAUGUAUUUCUUCCUACGGAAUUUUUCCUUUUUAGAAAUCACGUUUACAACUUCAUGUAUUCCAAGGUUCCUGGUGAGCCUUGUGACAAAGGAGAAAAGUAUUCCCUAUAUGAGUUGUAUGACUCAGCUAUUUUUUUUUAUCUACUUAGGUGCAACUGAAUUUUACCUCCUGGCAGCUAUGUCCUAUGACCGCUACGUGGCUAUCUGUAAACCUUUACACUACACUACCAUCAUGAGCAGCAGGGUUUGCUAUCAGCUUGUGAUCAGCUCUUGGGUAACCGCAUUCCUGAUUAUUUUUCCUCCAGUUAUUAUGGGACUUAAAUUAGAAUUCUGUGAUUCCAAUGUCCUUGAUCACUUUAUCUGUGAUUCUUCUCCAAUCCUGCAGAUCUCUUGUUCAGAUACACGUGUCCUAGAGCUAAUGUCCUUUAUCCUGGCUGUGGUGACAUUACUGUUUACCCUGUUGCUAGUCAUUCUCUCCUAUGGCUAUAUCAUCAAGACAAUCCUGAAAUUUCCUUCUGCUCAGCAGAGGACAAAAGCUUUCUCUACCUGUUCUUCUCACAUGAUUGUGGUUUCCAUAUCUUAUGGCAGCUGCAUUUUCAUGUACAUAAAACCAUCAGCAACUGACAGAGUGUCUUUAAACAAAGGAGUAGCUGUGCUGAAUACCUCAGUUGCUCCCUUAUUGAAUCCCUUUGUCUAUACCCUAAGGAACAAGCAAGUGAAACAGGCUUUUAAGAGUCUGGUGCACAAAGUUUUAUUUGCUUCCAACAAAUGA